UAUGAUAUUUUAGUUCAAUAAUCUAUAUUGGAAUAAUUUAUUGGAAAAUAUGAGUGACACUCAAUCAGGUAGAAUUAAACGUCAGAAGAUUGAUAAAACUGGAAGAUUGUCAGCUUUAGAAAAAUUAAAACAAUUGAAAGGUAGCAAAAAUAAAUAUGAAAUUGAUAAAUUAGAAAAUGUUUAUGAAGAAGUUGAUGAAAAAGAAUAUACUAAAACUGUAAUAGAAAGACAAAGUGAUGAUUGGAUUAUUGAUGAUGGAGAAAGUGGUUAUAUUGAAGAUGGUAGAGAAAUUUUUGAUGAUGAUUUAGAUGAUGAAAGUAUACAAGAAGCAAGAAAGCAUAAAAUCACAGGUCCUAAAAAAAACAAGAAAGAUAAUAUUAAAAUGAAAGGAAAUAUUCAAAAUAUGUUAAUUAAUAUGUCUUCUAAAAAGAAAUGUGAUGCUAAAUUGGAUGAUGAUAACAUUUUAGGAGAUUUAAUGUCUGAGUUGAAAAAAGACAAUAGUCCAAAAAUGUCAAAAUUGAGAACUGUUAGAAAUAAAUUUUGUACUGAAUCUAAAUUAAAUGAAAAAAAUAUUCAUGUUAAAACAAAGUUACAAUCAACUUCUGAAUGUGAACAAAUACAAUCUGAUGAUAAUAAUGACUUAGUCAUUUUUGACAAAUCAAAAAAUAUAAACUUACAACAAAUGAAAUUAAAUUGUCAAAUAGAAAAUAUUAUUUCAGAUCAAAGUAAUAGUCAAAUAAUUAUAGAUGAUGAAAUCACAAGUGCUUCAAAUACAACAUUAGAUAUACACUUAAAACAAGAUAUUAAAAAUUCAAGUAAUAAUCAAAUAAUUGAAACAGAAAAUGAAGAUCUUACCCAAUUCAUUGGAGAUUUCUGUACAGAUUUUACAAAUGACAAUGUUGAUUACAAUGAAAAAUCAAUAUCAUCUAUCAACGAGGAAAAUAAAAAACAUAAAUUAAGUAUUCAAAUAAAAAAUAAAAAUAUUGAAGAAGAAAAUUUUGAUAAAAUAUUAGAUGUUGAAUUCACAACACAAAUAUCAAAUAUCGAAGUAACUACUAAUACUAAUACUACAGAACUGCCUUUACCACUUUUAACUAAUGCAAAUAAAGAAGAAGUAUUUAGAUUUUAUUGGUGGGAUGCAUAUGAAGAUCCAUACAAGCAGCCUGGAGUUGUAUAUUUAUUGGGAAAAGUUUUUAUACCAUCUUUAAAAGAAUAUUGCUCCUGCUGUUUAACAAUAAAGAAUAUUCCACGAAGAAUUUAUCUUCUUCCUAGAGUAUAUAUAAAAACAUCUUUUAAAGAUAAUAACGAAGAAGAACAAUUAAAUACAAUAGAAGAUGUAUAUAAGGAAUUUAAUCAAUUUGCAAAUAAAUUAGGAAUAAAAGAAUUUCGAAGCAGCAAAGUCUCAAAACAUUAUGCUUUUGAACAAGAAGGUACUCCAGCAAUAUCUGAUUACUUAGAAGUAAGAUAUGCGGCGCAUUAUCCACCUGUGCCUUCUGAUUAUUCUGGACCAUCAAUAGAGCGUGUUUUUGGAACAACUGUAAAUGCUUUAGAAUUACUUUUAAUAGAAAGAAAUAUUAAGGGACCAUGUUGGCUAGAAAUUAAAUGUCCAUUACCUAGUAAUAUACAAACUAGUUGGUGCAAAAUAAAGGUAAAUUGCAUGAAGAUGGAAAAUAUAUCCGUUUUCUCUGAAUUUCAAACAUUACCACCAUUAGUAAUAACAACUUUAAAUAUACGAACAUCUUUAAAUGUUAAAUUACAACAAAAUGAAAUAGUCAUGGUUGCAAUACUUAUACAUCACAAAUAUCAUAUUGAUAAAGAACCACCAAAACCACCAUUUCAGCAACAUUUUUGUUUAAUUACACAUCCACAUGAUAUACCUUGGCCAAGACAAGCACGAGAAAUGCUUUCUAAUAUUUCAUAUACCAAAGUAAUGAAAUUUGAAACAGAAACAGAUUUACUUGAAGAAUUAUUAAAAAUAAUAAAUAAUGCAGAUCCAGAUUUAUUAAUUGGAUAUGAUUGUGGUUUUCAAUUUGAUAUUUUAAUACAUAGAAUGAUUACAUUAAAAGUUUCUAAUUGGAGUAGACUUGGAAGACUAAGACGUUCAACACUUCCUUUGAUAAGGGGGAAAAAUAAUUUAAAUCAAAUAUUAGCUGGUCGACCCAUUUGUGAUAUACAAGUAUCAGCUAAAGAAUUAAACCUCAAAGUUAGAAGUUAUGAUUUGCAAUCUCUUUGUAUAACGGUAUUGAAGAAAAAGGAAAAUGAAUGCAAAGAAAUAAAACCUGGUGAAUGUGCUGCAUUUUAUGAUACUUCAAACAAAAUAGAUAAUUUAAUUAAAAUAACAUUGACAGAAGCAUUGUAUAUUUUAUCUAUUGUUUUUGAUCUCAAUAUCCUUCCACUUGCUUUACAAAUUACAUGUAUUGCUGGAAAUGUUAUAUCAAGAACAUUAACAGCAGGCCGUGCAGAAAGAAAUGAAUAUUUAUUAUUACAUGCAUUUCAUCUGAAACAUUAUAUAACACCUGAUAAACGUAUUACGAAAAAAGGAAAAAAUAAUGAAGAAAAUACUACUAAAAAAAAAGCAGCUUAUACUGGUGGUUUAGUUCUUGAACCAAAAAAAGGAUUUUAUGAUAAACUUAUUUUAUUAAUGGAUUUUAAUUCUUUAUAUCCUAGUAUAAUUCAAGAAUAUAAUUUAUGUUUUACUACUGUUCCUGGAGCUGCAUAUGCUGAUUAUGGGAAUUUAUCAAUUCCUGAGUCAAAUUUAGAAUCUGGAGUAAUUCCAACGGAAAUUCGCAAAUUAGUCGAAAGUAGAGGAGAAGUAAAAAAAUUAAUGAAAGCAACAAAUAUUUCACCUGAAUUAAAGAUGCAAUAUAAUAUUAGACAGCUAGCUUUAAAACUUACAGCAAAUUCUAUGUAUGGUUGUUUAGGUGCAACUCAUUGUAGAUUUUAUGCAAAAGGACUUGCUGCCAUGGUUACAGCAAAAGGUCGAGAAAUUUUACAACAUACAAAAAGUCUUGUUGAAAAAUUAAAUUAUGAAGUUAUAUAUGGAGAUACUGAUUCUAUAAUGAUAAAUACAAAUUUAUUAGAUUAUGAAGAAGUUUUUUCUGUUGGAAAAAAAAUUAAACAAGAAGUCAACAAAUUAUAUAAACGAGUAGAACUAGAUAUUGAUGGGGUUUUCCGUUAUUUAUUGCUUUUACAAAAGAAAAAAUAUGCUGCAGUUAUAAUGACAAAAUUACCUAAUGGACAAAUAGAAUUAACACAAGAACACAAAGGUCUUGACAUUGUAAGAAGAGAUUGGUGUCAAUUAGCUUGUGAUACUGGAAAAAAAAUUUUGGAUCACCUUCUUUCCAAUCAACCAUGUGAAGAUCGAGUAGAACAAAUUUUUAUGAUAUUACAUGAUGUUGCACAAAAUGUUCGAGAAAAUCAAGUUUCCUUAUCAUCUUUGGUCAUUACAAAACAAUUAUCUAAAAAUCCAAAUGAAUAUCCAGAUACUAAACAAGCUCAUGUUCAAGUAGCUUUACGAUUAAACAAAGAAGGUGGUAGAAUGUGGAAAACUGGAGAUACUGUUCCUUAUAUUAUAUGUGAUGACGGAACUGAGAAAUCUGCAACUGAAAGAGCAUAUCAUAUUGAUGAAUAUAAAAAAAAAGAUUUUUUAAAAAUAGAUGUUAAUUAUUAUUUAUUAAGUCAAAUUUUUCCUAUUGUUUUACGAAUUUGUGAUCCAAUUGAAGGGUUUGAUGAUGUUUUAUUAGCUAAAUGUCUCGGUGUGGAUAAUAUUUAUAAGUCUAAGAGAAUGAUACAUGAAGAAUAUAGUGAUAUACCAUUAACAGAUGAAGAUAAAUUUAAAUAUUGUCUUCCUUUGAAAUUUAAUUGUAAAGAUGAGAAAUGUCAAUCAGAAAUUAUACUUAAAAAUAUUAUAAUCGAAACGUCUACAGGAAAUCAAUUAUCACUUGCUUCCUGUUCAAAUCCAGAUUGUAAGAUACCACCAUGGACAUAUGUUCAUAUAAUACAAAAUGCAGUGACACUUGCUGUACGAAAAGCAGUUAGUGAAUAUUAUGAAGGAUGGUUAGAAUGUGAAAAUCCAAUAUGUGGUAAACAAACACAAAUAUUACCAUUAGGAUUUGAUUCAACAUAUCCAAUUUGUAGAAAAUGUAAAGAUGGUGAAUUACAUAGAGUUUUUACAGAUACAAAACUUUAUAAUCAAAUGUAUUUUUAUUUCCAUCUUUUUAAUGUGAGUCAAUCAAAAUAUAAAAAUUUGUUAUCUCAAUAUCCACAAGGUAUGAGAGAAGCAUACGAUUCUUUAAAAGAGACAAUGGAAAAGAUGUUAAGAAGAAAUGCAUUUUCUGUUGUAUGUUUAGAUACAAUUUUUUUAAAUAUUGAUGAACAAUCAAAAACACCAAGUUUAUAUGCAGAUAUUAUAGAAAUAUCAGAUGGAUCAGAUAAUGAAAUGGUAAGUAAUAUUUAAAAAAAUAUUUUUAAUUAUUAUAAUAACAAAAUAAAAUAAAAAAAUAC